GGGGCCUCCCGCUCCGGUUUCCCAGGGUGCACUGGGCGCGCUGGCUGUCUGGCCACGUCUCCGGGCCACGUCGUUCGGUGUCCGCUGAGCUCUCGCCAUCUUCGGUCCCCGGCUCCGGGCUCCCCUGCCUCCGCCAUGAACAUCUUCCGCCUCACCGGGGACCUGUCCCACCUGGCGGCCAUCAUCAUCCUGCUGCUCAAGAUCUGGAAGACCCGCUCCUGCGCCGGUAUUUCUGGGAAAAGCCAGCUUCUCUUUGCUCUGGUCUUCACUACCCGUUAUCUGGAUCUCUUCACUUCAUUCAUUUCAUUGUAUAACACAUCUAUGAAGCUUAUCUACGUUGCUUGCUCAUAUGCCACUGUAUACCUGAUCUACAUGAAAUUUAAGGCUACCUACGAUGGAAACCAUGAUACAUUCCGAGUGGAGUUUCUGGUGGUUCCUGUUGGUGGACUCUCGUUUCUUGUCAAUCAUGACUUCUCCCCUCUAGAGAUCUUGUGGACCUUCUCCAUCUAUCUUGAAUCAGUUGCUAUCCUCCCCCAGCUUUUUAUGAUUAGUAAAACUGGAGAAGCAGAGACCAUUACCACUCACUAUCUUUUCUUCUUGGGUCUGUACCGUGCCUUGUACCUAAUCAAUUGGAUUUGGCGCUACUAUUUUGAAGGAUUCUUUGACCUCAUAGCUGUUGUUGCUGGUGUGGUCCAGACCAUUCUUUACUGCGACUUCUUCUAUUUGUAUGUUACAAAAGUACUAAAAGGAAAGAAGCUCAGUUUGCCAGCGUAAGUGCCAAAAAUCAUCACCAGCAUCUGUCCUUCUGGAUGCUUGGACAGAACAAUCCUUACCACAAGCAAAGGCGAAGAUGCUUGAGACAGAUAGUCAGAAAUACAACUCUCUUUUUAGCACAGAUAGUCAUCAGUGGCUCUGUAAGAACAGAGGAAAAACAACCAGCGGAUUUCUGUUUGAUGCAUCUUGCCUCUAUCUUUUUUAUUACUAUGUAUAAAGAUUUUUUACAUAAAGAAACUUAUACUGUAUUAAUAAAUUCAGUGUGUAGUUUCAAUUUGAAUAGUUCCAAAAGUGAGGUUUUGUGAGAUUGUUUGACCAGAAAUAAGUACAAAUGAUUUUUUUUUUUAAUUUUCAAGGAUUCUUUCAAAUUACUGAUUUAUUUCAGUGCACACACACGUGUGCUGUCUGAUGGAUGGUAAUCAUUAUUCUUCCCCUUCAUUUCAGUUUUCAUUCCACUAUAUUUAUUUUUUUUCCAAAAGGUGAAUUAUAUCUGUCAACUUAAAUCUGAACCCACUGAUAUUUGAUGUGAAGUUCUUGUGACAAGUAUGCUAUGCCAUGUGCUGAUAGGGAGUUUCCUAUGAAAACAUGUCAAUGCCAUUAAGGCUGACAGUCAUGUUUUGUUAGAGUUUUCUCUCUUUUUGGUUCCUUCCCUUUUAAAAACAGGCUGUUAAAGGAUGUUAGGGAGUCCAUUCUUGUGGCCACCAGGGUGCGUGCCCUCUGUGUCUUUGAUCUGUUGUCUUGGAAGGCAAUCCUAGUGAUAAAGUAUUUGGUGGCAAUGCAGGUUAGAGAGGGUAAGGUGCUUGGCUGUGUGGUUUAGUGAUAAACAUUUCUAUUGUGUUCUUUAUUCAGGAAAAGGUGGUUAAACUGUUUUGGAUGUAGAGCCCUACUUUCAUUAGUAGUAAUAUUGUUGCAGCUAUAAGGAUGAAUAACCCAUGAUAGUUGUCAAUUGCAGUAAUCUGUAGGUGACCAUUUUAAAUGUCUUCAGUUUUUUAAUGAAUACUUUACAAGUAAUGUCCAUGUUCAGCUUCAAGUGGUUUUUGAUGUGUCACUUUUGGACAAUUAGUAUGAUUUUUAUAAACUUGUUUGAAAAUCAGCAGCACCAAUUACCAUUCUUUAUAUUCUUUACAUGAUUCCCUUUUUUACUGAGCUGUUGCAUGAUUUAUCCUGUGUUACCAUCCUCAAUAAACAUUUUAUGAAAUGGUGUAAA